AUGGUUGAUUUAUUUGUUGAUCCGUUGGUCUUGCUUGUAAUAGAGAAAUUGGGCAAAAUUCUGAAAGAUGAGGCAGUUUUGUUGGUGGGUGUCACCGACGAUGUCAAAAAGCUUUCCCGUACCUUCACCUUGAUCCAAGCUUUUGUUAAAGAUGCUGAAACUCGGCGAGUGAAGGACGAAGCAUUGAAGAUCUGGUUGCAGAAUCUCAAAGAUGUGGCCUAUGAUGUGGAUGACAUAUUAGAUGAAUGGAUGACAGAAGCUCUCAUAUCACAAGCACCCGAUGAAGGUGAUGAGUCCUGUUUCAGCAAGAUGAAAAACAAACUGGCACUCUUAUCCGACUAUGAUUGCUGGUUACUGUUCAGAAGUAAAGCGCUGGAUCAACGGAGUGAAGAAGAGUGUUCUGAGCUGGAAGUGAUUGGAAGGCAAAUCGUAAAGAAAUGUGGAGGGGUGCCUCUCGCUGCAAAGACAAUAGGGAGUGUCAUGCAGUUGAGAAGGACGAGAAGCCAGUGGGAGCUUGUCUUGCGAAGCAAGAUGUGGAACUCAGGUGAUGUCUUCGAAGGCAUUUUACCAGCUUUGUUACUAAGCUACUAUGAUUUGCCUCCAGCUUUGAAGCAGUGCCUUGCAUAUUUCUCCAUCUUUCCUAAAGAUAGGGAUAUAAAGAAGGAUACGAUCGUCAAGUUAUGGGUGGCACAAGGAAGUGAUGGUUCAGUGGUGGAGAUUAGCAAGGAAGCCUCGUUAAACCUAAAUAAUAAUGUCCCGCAUUCUUUUUUAGUUGACAAUGACAAAGAUGGUGAUGAAGCCCAUAAAUUGGUGUCCAUUUCGGCCACCUUGCAUAAGGCGCACAAGUUGCGGACGUUGCUACUACAAGACUCAAGAAUCUCCAGGGUGCCAGUCAAGUUAUUUCAUCAUUUGAGACGCUUAAGAGCAAUGGACUUGAGUCAAACUGACAUCAAGAAAUUGCCUUGGAGAACAGAGGAGUUGCCAGAGGAAUUGAGUAAUUGCAUCAAUUUACGGAAGCUAAGAAAACUGCCUAGAGGGAUGAGGAAAAUGAUUAGCCUGAGACAUCUUGAAUUUGAAGGUUUAAAUGAUCUGAGGUACUUACCAGAGGUUAAAAGGAGACUAACAGAGCUUCGGACGCUAACGAAGUUCAUUGUGGGGGGUGACGACCAAGUAUGUAAAUGUGGAGAACUGAAACACCUCAAUCAUCUUCAAGGCAGUCUUCGAAUUACGGGCUUGCAAAAUGUCAAGAGCAGGGACGAAGCUAGCGAUGCAGAACUGCAUGAGAAGCAGCACCUUCAUGCUCUAUACUUCGAGUACGAUGACGAUGAACCGUUGGAUGAUGAGGUGAAGAGGAUGGAGGAUGUGCUCGAAAGCCUCCAGCCUCACACAAACUUGAAAGACUUGAACAUACAGUAUUACAAAGGCUCCAAGCUUCCCAAGUGGAUAGGGAAUCCAAUGUUCUCCAAUCUAGUUGAGGUGAAACUCUCGCAUUGCCUCAAUUGUAAACAACUUCCAGGUCUUGGGAAACUACCGUCCCUUAAUUUCCUUAUUAUUAAGGGAAUGGUAGACGUGAAAAAAGUGGGUGGUGAAUUUAGUCGGGAUAAUCAAAAUGAUAAAAGUAGUGGUGGUGGUGUCUCAUUCCCCAACCGGAGACCCUGGUUUUCGAGAAAAUGCCAAAUUGGGAGGAGUGGGAAUUGA